AUGGAGAAUGAAAUAUUCACACCCCUUAUGGAGCAGUUCAUGUCUAGCCCUCUUGUCACUUGGGUUAAGACAUUCGGACCGUUAGCUGGAGGAAAUGGGACCAAGCUGGAGGAAUAUGUGGCGCUGGUGGAUGGCGUGUUUCUGAACGAAGUCAUGCUGCAAAUUAAUCCAAAGUCUGCUAAUCAGAAGAUAAACAAAAAAGUAAAUAAUGAUGCAUCAUUAAGGAUUCAAAAUUUGUCUAUUUUGGUGAAACAAAUAAAAACAUACUAUCAGGAGACUUUGCAGCAGUUGAUCAUGAUGUCUUUGCCAAACGUAUUAAUAAUUGGCAAAAAUCCAUUUUCUGAGCCAGGUACUGAAGAAAUAAAAAAACUCCUUCUGCUUUUACUUGGUUGUGCAGUUCAGUGUCAGAAAAAAGAGGAAUUUAUUGAAAGGAUCCAAAGUCUGGAUUUUGACACAAGAGCAGCAGUGGCAGCACAUAUUCAAGAGGUAACUCAUAAUCAGGAAAAUGUGUUUGAUCUGCAGUGGAUGGAUGACAGCGUGUUGACACAAGAGUAUGUUGAACCUCUCUUGAAAAAUAUGGCAUUACAUUUAAAAAGACUUAUAGAUGAAAGAGAUGAGCACUCAGAGACCAUCAUAGAACUCUCAGAAGAAAGAGACUGUCUCCGUUUUCUACCUCAUUCAUCGGCAGCACAAUCACCUUGUGGAUCUCCUGGCAUGAAGCGCACAGAGAGCAGACAACACCUGUCAGUAGAGCUAGCAGAUGCCAAAGCAAAGAUAAGGAGGCUUAGGCAAGAGCUUGAGGAGAAGACUGAGCAGUUGCUUGACUGUAAACAAGAACUUGAGCAGAUGGAAGCUGAACUAAAGAGACUUCAGCAAGAGAAUAUGAAUUUACUCUCAGAUGCCCGCUCUGCCAGAGUGUACAGAGAUGAAUUAGAUGCUCUUCGUGAGAAGGCAAUUCGAGUUGACAAGCUUGAAAGUGAAGUCAGCCGGUAUAAGGAAAGGCUGCAUGAUAUUGAAUUCUACAAAGCUCGAGUAGAGGAGUUAAAGGAAGACAAUCAAGUGUUGCUAGAAACAAAGACAAUGUUGGAAGAUCAAUUAGAGGGGACCCGAGCCCGUUCUGAUAAAUUACAUGAGUUAGAAAAAGAGAAUCUACAAUUAAAAGCUAAAUUACAUGAUAUGGAGAUGGAGCGUGACAUGGACAGAAAGAAAAUUGAGGAACUGAUGGAGGAAAAUAUGACUCUGGAAAUGGCUCAGAAACAGAGUAUGGAUGAAUCCCUGCAUCUUGGCUGGGAACUUGAACAGAUAAAUAGGACUACUGAACUUUCUGAAGUGCCACAGAAAUCACUUGGUCAUGAAGUGAAUGAAUUAACAUCAAGCAGAUUGCUGAAGUUGGAAAUGGAAAACCAAAGUUUGCUGAAGACAGUGGAAGAACUACAAAGUGCAGUGGGUUCUAUAGAAGGCAGUAGUUCAAGGAUUCUGAAAAUGGAAAAAGAAAACCAAAGACUUAGCAAAAAGCUCGAAGAGCUAGAGAAUGAAAUUAGCCAAGAGAAACAAAGUCUUCAGGACAGUCAAAACUUGAGUAAAGAUUUAAUGAAAGAAAAAGUACAGCUUGAAAAGACACUGGAAGCGCUUCGAGAAAACUCAGAGCGACAAGUUAAGCUAUUAGAACAAGAAAAUGAACAUUUGAAUCAAACUGUAGCUUCUCUAAGACAACGCUCCCAAAUCAGUGCUGAAGCGAGAAUGAAAGAAAUUGAGAAAGAAAACAAAAUCCUUCAUGAGUCUAUAAAAGAGACCAGCAGUAAGUUAAAUAAGAUUGAAUUUGAGAAAAAACAAGUCAGGAAAGAACUAGAACACUAUAAAGAGAAAGGGGAGAGAGCAGACGAACUUGAGAACGAGCUUCAUCAUCUAGAGAAGGAAAAUGAAACAUUACAGAAAAAAGUUACUAACUUAACAAUUACUUGUGAGAAGAUAGAGGCCUUAGAACAAGAGAACUCAGACCUGGAAAUGGAAAACAGAAAACUGAAAAAAACUUUGGAUAGCCUGAAAAAUCUCACUUUUCAAUUAGAAUCCUUAGAAAAGGAGAAUGUACAACUUGAUGAAGAAAAUUUAGAAUUAAGAAGAACAAUUGAAUCCUUGAAGUGUACAAGCAUUAAAGUGGCACAGUUGCAAUUAGAAAACAAGGAACUGGAGAGUGAAAAGGAGCAACUCAAAAAAAGCCUUGAACUCAUGAAAGCCUCAUUCAAAAAAACUGAACGCUUAGAAGUCAGCUACCAAGGCCUUGACACAGAAAACCAAAGGCUACAGAAAGCCCUUGAAAACAGCAAUAAGAAGAUCCAGCAAUUAGAAAGUGAAUUACAAGAUUUAGAGUCUGAAAAUCAGACUCUGCAGAAGAACUUAGAAGAGUUAAAAAUCUCUAGUAAGCGCCUAGAGCAAUUGGAAAAGGAGAAUAAGUUGUUGGAACAAGAGACUUCUCAACUGGAGAAAGAUAAGAAGCAGCUUGAGAAAGAAAAUAAAAGGCUUCGACAACAAGCAGAAAUUAAAGAUAGUACUUUAGAAGAAAACAAUGUAAAAAUUAGUAAUCUGGAAAAAGAAAAUAAAUCUCUGUUUAAAGAAAUAGUUGUAUAUAAAGAGUCAUGUGUACGCCUGAAAGAACUAGAAAAAGAAAAUAAAGAACUCGUGAAAAGUGCUACCAUUGAUAAGAAAACCCUGGUCACUUUAAGAGAGGACUUGGUGAAUGAAAAAUUGAAGACCCAACAAAUGAACAAUGAUCUAGAAAAACUUGCCCACGAGCUUGAAAAAAUAGGCUUAAACAAGGAGCGUCUCUUGCAUGAUGAGCAGAGCAGUGAUGACAGUAGGUACAAGCUUUUGGAGUCAAAAUUAGAAUCCACACUUAAGAAGUCCCUUGAAAUAAAAGAAGAAAAAAUUGCUGCUUUGGAGGCUCGCUUAGAAGAAUCAAGUAAUUUAAACCAGCAACUCCGUCAGGAACUGAAAACAGUGAAAAAGAACUAUGAAGCUCUCAAGCAAAGGCAAGAAGAGGAAAAGAUGGUUCAGAAUUCUCCUCCAAGAAGUGGAGAAGAUAAUCAUUCUGUCAAUAAGUGGGAGAAGGAAAAUCAGGAAACUACAAGAGAGUUAUUGAAAGUUAAAGAUAGAUUAAUCGAAGUGGAAAGGAAUAAUGCCACACUGCAGGCAGAGAAGCAAGCCCUGAAGACACAAUUGAAACAACUUGAGACACAGAAUAGCAAUCUGCAGGCUCAGAUUCUCGCACUUCAGAGACAGACUGUUUCUCUGCAGGAACAAAAUACAACUCUACAAACUCAGAACGCCAAGCUGCAGGUCGAAAAUUCCACCCUCAAUUCUCAAAGCACAUCUCUUAUGAAUCAGAAUGCCCAGCUGUUGAUCCAGCAGUCUGCUUUAGAAAAUGAAAAUGAAGGUGUGCUUAAGGAACACGAGGACCUGAAAUCAUUGUAUGAUUCCCUUCUCAAAGACCAUGAGAAACUGGAACACCUGCAUGAACGCCAGGCUUCUGAGUAUGAAUCUCUGAUUGCUAAACAUGGAAGCCUUAAAUCUGCACACAGAAAUCUCGAGGUGGAGCAUAAGGACCUAGAAGAUAGGUACAAUCAGCUGCUGAAACAGAAAGUGCAGCUGGAAGAGCUGGAGAAAGUGCUCAAGAUAGAACAGGAAAAAAUGCUGCAGCAGAAUGAAAAACAUGAAACUGUAGCAGCAGAGUGUAAAAAGCUUCAUGAUGAAAAUGAAAGGCUUACUCAUACGUACAGUCAGCUCCUGAGAGAGAAUGAAGUUCUCCAAACUGAUCAUAAGAAUUUGAAAACAUUAUUGAACAGUUCCAAACUCGAACAAACACGACUAGAAGCUGAGUUUUCUAAACUGAAAGAACAGUACCAACAACUGGAUAUAACAUCAACAAAACUAAAUAAUCAAUGCGAGCUGCUUAGCCAGCUUAAAGGAAAUCUGGAGGAGGAAAACAGACAUCUACUAGAUCAAAUUCAGACAUUAAUGCUACAGAAUAGAACAUUACUUGAGCAGAAUAUGGAAAGCAAGGAUCUCUUCCAUGUAGAGCAAAGGCAGUACAUUGACAAGCUAAAUGAAUUAAGACGACAGAAGGAGAAAUUGGAGGAGAAGAUAAUGGAUCAAUAUAAAUUUUAUGAACCAUCUCCACCAAGAAGGAGGGGCAACUGGAUUACUCUGAAAAUGAGGAAGCUGAUAAAAUCUAAGAAGGAUGUUAAUCGUGAACGUUUGAAGUCUGUGACACUUACACCUACUCGCUCAGAAUCCAGUGAGGGAUUUCUUCAGCUGCCUCACCAGGACAGUCAAGAUAGUUCCUCUGUGGGUUCGAACUCUCUUGAAGAUGGCCAGACUUUAGGGACCAAAAAAAGUAGUAUGGUUGCACUGAAAAGACUGCCCUUUUUGAGGAACAGACCGAAGGAAAAAGACAAAAUGAAGGCCUUCUACCGUCGCUCCAUGUCCAUGAAUGACCUGGUGCAGUCCAUGGUCCUAGCAGGAGGACAGUGGACAGGUAGUUCUGAACAUCUGGAGGGUCCUGAUGAUAUAUCUACGGGUAAAAGGAGAAAAGAAUUGGGAGCUAUGGCCUUCUCUACUACAGCUAUCAACUUUGCAACUGUCAACUCUUCUACAGGCUUCAGAUCCAAGCAGUUGCUAAAUAAUAAAGAUACUACAUCCUUUGAAGAUGUAAGUCCACAAGGUAUUAGUGAUGAUUCUAGUACAGGAUCAAGAGUUCAUGCUUCCAGACCAUCCAGCCUUGAUAGUGGUAGAACAUCCACUAGCAAUAGCAAUAACAAUGCUUCUCUCCAUGAAGUCAAAGCAGGUGCAGUUAACAAUCAAAGCAGGCCGCAGAGUCACAGCAGUGGAGAGUUUAGCCUGCUACAUGAACAUGAGGCUUGGUCUAGCAGCAGUAGCAGUCCUAUUCAGUAUUUGAAAGGUCAUACAAGGUCUAGUCCAGUGCUCCAUCAAAGAAGGUCUGAAACACUGGAGGGUCGUGGAAAACAGAUCAAAACUGGUUCUCCUGGAAGUGAAAUUGUUACCCUGCAACAGUUUUUAGAAGAAAGCAACAAAAGUACCUCAAGCAAGUUGAAAUCUGCAAGUGAAGAGAAUCUUUUAGAUGAAGUCAUGAAAAGCUUAUCUGAGUCUGCAGAGCUGGCAGGAAGGGAAAAGCUAAGAAAACAGCCAUCUGCUGGUUGUGGUAUUGUGAGAUCAUUAAGCGUGAAAACUACCGCUGAUUUCUCAGAUGGACGAUCCAUUAAACCAGAACAACUUGUAAGGCCUAGCCUUCGUAAAAUUGAAGACACCUACUUCACUAGCUCUCCAAUAAAAUUUACAUCAGGCACUCAAGGGAAGGCCAAAUCAGUUAAAGAAAAGAUACAAGUGACUGUUUCCCAGCAACAAUCGAGAGAUUGCAAUCCUUACGCUACCUUACCUCGUGCAAGCAGUGUGAUUUCUACAGCAGAAGGAACUACUCGAAGGACAAGCAUUCAUGACUUUUUGUCUAAAGACAGUAGGCAACCUGUAUCGGUUGAUCCAGCACCAUCUACCGCUGACAGAAGUGUUCCAUCAAUCUCCAAUGUGGAAGCUAUCCCAGAAAGCAGAAAUUCAAAAAGCAGGUCUAGGGAGCAACAAAGCUCCUAA